AUGCAGUCUCUCCAAUUAUUUUCAUGCAUUACCCUUUUGUUACUAUACUGCAAUGUGUCCAUAUCAGCUUUCUUGUGUGAACUAAAUGAAGCCAACCCCUUCAAAGUUGCAUUUACCAUCGCUGUAGAUAUUGCAGGCCGUCACGGAAACUUCACGACCAUUCAAAGCGCCAUUGAUUCUAUUCCUUCAGGCAACACUAAGUGGAUACGGAUUCAAAUUUUUGCUGGCAUAUACAGAGUUAGAAAAAUCACAAUCACAUACGAUAAAACAUGUAUUUUACUUGAUGGAGCAGGCCGCCAUGUUACGUUUAUUGAAUGGGGUGAUCAUAAACUUAUGAAUUCUAGCUCUACUUUCACUUCAGUUGCUGAAAAUCUUGUGGUCAAAGGCAUUGGAUUUAAGAACACAUACAAUAUUGGUCUGUAUAGCCCAAAACAGAAACACCAGAGACCAGCUUUGGCAGCUGAAAUACUAGGGGACAAAGCUGCUUUCUACAACUGCAGCUUUUCGGGGAUGCAAGAUACCUUGUGGGAUGCCGCAGGCCGCCAUUACUUUUACCAAUGCUACAUUCAAGGUGGAAUUGAUUUUAUAUUUGGCAAUGGCCAAUCUUUCUGUGAGCAAAGUGUUGUACAUUAUUCAUUGGGAACAUAUGGUCAUGGAACCUACGUCGGCUAUAUAACAGCACAGGGAAGGGACUUAGCUGGUGAUCCUUCUGGCUUUGUGUUUAAAGAUUGUGAGAUUCUUGGGGAAGGUAAAGCUUACCUUGGGAGAGCUUGGAGAGCUUUUUCCAGUGUAAUUAUUGCCAAUUCAAAGUUAUCAGAUGUAGUCGUCCCGCAGGGCUGGGAUGCUUGGUUCAACGUGGGCCAUGAGUAA